UUUUUUUUUUCCUCAUCAAACCUAUAUUAAUCAAGUAACAAACAUGCUUAACUCUCUGAAGAAGAAUACUGCCAACAGCUCGGCAACUCCUAAAAAGCUCACUGUUGCAGAGCGUGCAGAGGCUGUAGCGCAAGCAGUUGCAGCUGCACAGGCCGCUCAAGCUGCUAAGAAGGCUGCCGCUGGCAAGGCAUCGGGAUCAGGAUCGGGGUCAUCCAUAAAGUCAACCGCAUCGUCAUCAACAACACCAGCUACAUCAAAAACAAAUGGUAAAGAUAGCAAAACAGAUAAUAAGGAGGAUGGCGGCGACGAUGGUGACGACAAGGAUGAAGAAGAAGAAGAUAAGGAAACAGAGAAAGGACAAAGCGGGGAAGCCAAGGCAGCCAUGAAAAAUAUGACAGGUUAUCAGCAGGAUGUAGAACGUGAAGGCGUAGAUUCUGAUAAAUUAGAGAAGGCAAUGACAAUGAUCACGGACGUAGUCAAGAAGCAAAAGGCGGACAAGGCAGCUGCACAAAAAGAGACAGAGAAAGUGACAUUGUCAAAAGAGGAUGUGGAAUUGGUCAUGACUGAAAUGGAGUUGUCCAAGGCUAUGGCGGAAAAAUAUCUCAAGGAGAAUGGUGGCGAUGUGACUAGAACAUUGGAAGCUUUGAUCUCUGCUUGAAAAAAUCUUAGGCGCAGCUCUCUCCCUUCAACCAGACGUAUUUGACCAUAAAAUACAAUUGAGCUUUUUGACUAUAAUGACAGCAGGUCUGAAUGAAAAUUGAAUGAUUUAU